UUGUCCAAUCGUGGCUGACGUUCUUAUCAUCAGUGAAGCAGACAUUCGAUAAGCAGAUGACGCUGCAGAAGAGAUGCACAUGGUUGUUUGUCUCAGUUCAGCAGAAUUCAGUCACGGAUCUCAAGACCACAACACUUGAAAGAAAGAAAACAGGAUUGAAAGGAAAUGGAUACUACCAUGAAACCUUCACCCUCUACUGUUCAAAGACUAAAUGAAGAGAUUCACAAAGCCGCUGAGAUCCAUGGUGGUAAGGACAGACCCAUGAAAAAUCUGGUUUGGGAAUUAGAAGCUGUUGAAGAGAUUUUCAAUCGGACAUCAGAAAAUAUGAAGCAACAAGAAUUACAUCUGACCGAGGCAAUGAGACGCCUCAAACUCACAGCUAGAAAACAUACAAGGCAACUGGAUAAGAGGUUUGAAAAAACAAUUCGAGAAAGAGAUGAAUUGGAUGUUUUUAAGGUGAAACUCUGGCAAAAAAUUGAGUUUAUGAGGGCUAAAUUACAAAGAAUGGGGGAAGUCAAGGGCUUUUUACUAGGACUGGUUGCAAAGACGAUUAAAGAAAGUGAACACAUCAAAGUCAAUAUAGAAGAAAACGGUGAAAGAUUUAAAGAUUUUUCCUCCAGGAUUGAAGCAGCAAAACUCCAAUUGAAUAACUAUGCUGCAGCAUUGAACAGGAUAAACCAUCAUCAGCAAUGUCAACUCUCAGAGGAAGAAGUGAAACUGCACCAGAAUCUUCAUUUCUCAAGGGAAACUUUGCAUCUGGCAAAUCGUGACGCUGUGCAACUUCCAUCAUUAAAAACUAAACAAGCAAAGGAAGAGGAUGCAAAGAAGAUUCAGGAAGAGAAUGUGCAAGUCGCAACUUGGCAAACAAAAGAAGGAAGCCAUGUUUUGGGAGAGACUGUACGACAAGAAAAAAGCAAGCUCGUGAACAAAAUUAAGAUGACAAAACAAGAGAUUACAGAGUUACAAAAUAUGAAUUUAGAAUUGAAAAUGAAGAUAAUGAAAAAGGAAGUGAUUUUGAAGAAAGGCCAUGUAAGACACAAAGAUAAUCAAAUUACGAGGAAUGAAAAACAAAGAGAACACAAAGAUGGACAGAUAUAUACCAAAAAGGAGGUGAUCAAAAAACAAACACAAGAGAAAGAAAACAGACUGAGAGAUGUGCAUGGGGAAACUGGAGAAUUGAAGUCCAAAUUUCACAGUUCCAAGAGUGAAGUCUCAAACAGCAUAGAGAGAGAUGAAGACGUAAAGUGGAUGUGCAGAGCCACAAACAAGUCAGAAACUGUAUUCAGGUGGGAGACAAAGAGGAAACAAAAGGAAUUGGACACAAUGCUGGAAAGGAUAAAGAUAGAGAGGGAUGAGUUAGAGAUUGUUAAAAAACAAAUGGAAAGAAGCAAAAAAGUAGCAGUGGACCCGAAACAUAUUAGGAACAGCUUUGAAAAAGUUAAAAAAAUCAAACUUAAUUUGAGCUCCAUUGAGCCAUUAAUGGACGAACUCAUCACAACCAUAAAGUCAGGAACAAGAGAUACACAUGUGAUGAAAGGAUUUGCCAAAGAGCUCCACACUGCAAUUCACAAGACCAAAAACAGAAUGAUGCCCAUUAUAGAAACAAUGAAGCAAAAUGAAUUCGGCAAGAAAGAAGGGACAGAAAUGAACAUUCAAAAAGAACAUAUGAAUGAAUUGGCAUCACUGAGGGCUGAGAUUUGUGUGGAAAGACAAAAGCUGGAGGGUGAGAGGGCUGAGAGAGAAAGACACCAGUCUGAGCUGAAAACAAGAGAAGAUGAACUGAUGACCAACAUCAGCACCAUCGACAGUUUGAGACAGAAGGUCAAAGAGCUGAAGAAGACGACCCAAGAAAACAUUGACAAGAAAAUACACACGGCAGAUUCAAAAACAAACGAUCUACAGACAUUUCAACAGGCACUGAACCAAAAGAUAGAAGAUCUGCAAGAGAUAAAGAAGCAACUGUCACUUUACGAUCAGAAACAACAGACAGAGAAUGAAAUCCUAAAAGCCACGAUGUCAGAUAUGAUGAGGCAGAAAAAGGACAUGGAGAACCUGCAGCUGGAGCUUUGUGCGCUACAACAGGAUGUAGUGAAGGAGAAGACGCAGCUGAGACAAGAGAGACUCCAACUGACAACAGUGCGAGACGUGACCAACAAAAACUGGCUGGACUUGAAGAGGACCACAGUGGCCAUUGAGAAAGAACUGGUGACUGUGCAACACAACAAACAAAUGUUAAAGAAGAAACAGGAGGCUUUGGGCAACACUCUGAAUGAACUGUGGAGCGAUGAAGACCACAUUAGCUGCUGCCUCAAAGAAAUUAACCAAACAAGGACAAAUAUUCAACAUCUGAACGUGGAAAUGAAAUCCAUGAAAGAGAAACUGGAUAAAGCAGUGAGUGCCUUUGCACAUGGACAAAAAGAGCUGUGUGUCAAGGAAGAAAACAUCAAGAGAGAUAGAGACAAGCUGGAAGGUGAAAAAUGCCUUCUGAAGACAGACAUGGAGGAAGUGGCAAAACUGAAGGAGGAGUUAAAGGAAAAGAGAGAAGACCUUGAAGCUUCCAAGAAAACCAUCAGCAAUGAGAAAGCAAACCUGAGUCAACUUGAGAUGGAAGUUAAGACAGAAAAGGAAAGAGUUUUGAUCGAACGAAAAGCUGUCGAAGAAUCCAGCAAUGACCUCAGAUUGAGAGAAGAUAAAUUCAAGGAGAACAUGGAAUCACUUCAGACUCUUCGAGAGAAACUGAAGCACCUGCCUGAAAAGUUGAGGCAACUGACCACAGUCAACAUCAAGAAAUGUCACGACAAUACUGACUUAUUCAUAAAAGCUGUGACUGUGUUUGAAGAAAAAUGUGAGGCGAUGCAGGAACGGAGCGAUAAUGUGACCUGGAAGCCCAUCAAGGAAUCUCUGUCCAAUGCUUUGUCAAAUGUUUUCAGUCAAAUAGAACACGCAACGCACGUCUCUCAGGAAGAUGGGAAUACAGACGUGCAGCAAGGACAAAGUGAGGUGCAUCUGGACAUUUUGAGAAGAGAGACAGCCUCUGUAGAGAUGGUGAGUUCAAACAUCCAAACUCUUCAAAGGGUCAGAGGUUUUCUGGAGAGCACAACCACUGAGCUCCAAUCGAAGAAAGAACAACUCGUCUGUCUCCUGAGAGAAAUUGAAGAUGAAACAUUGACAUCCAAAACCAGGAGCCUGCAGGUUAAGAGAAGGACAGAGGGACUAGAAAAGGUCAUGAGGAGAUUCACCUCUGAUCACAGCGAUCUAAUGGUUGGUGGAGCAGAAUCUCAAAGUCAAACAAGAGAAUUGGAAAACUCCACCAUUUUACUUCAGACAUCACAACGAGAGGUGAACUAUUUGAGGGAUGAGCUCAAAGCAAAGAUUGGAGACUUUAAAAGAACUAUGCAGAGAGUUGCUGAAGAAAAAGAAAAACUAACAUCACUGAGGACUGAGACUUGUGUGGAAAGACAAAAGCUGGAGGGUGAGAGGGCUGAGAGAGAAAGACACCAGAAUGAGCUGAAGACAAGAGAAGAUGAACUGAUGACCAACAUCAGCACCAUAGACAGUUUGAGACAGAAGGUCAAAGAGCUGAAGAAGACGACCCAAGAAAACAUUGACAAGAAAAUACACAUGGCAGUUUCAAAACUAAAGGAUCUACAGACAUUUCUACUUGCACUGAACCUAAAGAUGGAAGAUCUGCAAGAGAUAAAGAAGCAACUGUCACUUUAUGAUCAGAAACGACAGACAGAGAAUGAAAUCCUAAAAGCCACAAUGUCAGAUAUGAUGAGGCAGAAAAAGGACAUGGAGAACCUGCAGCUGGAGCUUUGUGCGCUACAACAGGAUGUAGUGAAGGAGAAGACGCAGCUGAGACAAGAGAGACUCCAACUGACAACAGUGCGAGACGUGACCAACAAAAACUGGCUGGACUUGAAGAGGACUACAGCGGCCAUUGAGAAAGAACUGGUGACUGUGCAACACAACAAACAAAUGUUAAAGAAGAAACAGGAGGCUUUAGGCAACACUCUGAAUGAACUGUGGAGCGAUGAAGACCACAUCAGCUGCUGCCUCAAAGAAAUUAACCAAACAAGGACAAAUAUUCAACACCUGAACGUGGAAAUUAAAUCCAUGAAAGUGAAACUGGAUAAAGCAGUGAGUGCCUUUGCACAUGGACAAAAAGAGCUGUGUGUCAAGGAAGAAAACAUCAAGAGAGAUAGAGACAAGCUGGAAGGUGAAAAAUGCCUUCUGAAGACAGACAUGGAGGAAGUGGCAAAACUGAAGGAGGAGUUAAAGGAAAAGAGAGAAGACCUUGAAGCUUCCAAGAAAACCAUCAGCAAUGAGAAAGCAAACCUGAGUCAGCUUGAGAUGGAAGUUAAGACAGAAAAGGAAAGACUUUUGAUGCAACAAAAAGCUGUCGAAGAAUCCAGCAAUGACCUCAGAUUGAGAGAAAAUAAAUUCAUGGAGAACAUGGAAUCACUACAGACUCUUCGAGAGAAACUGAACCAUCUGAAUGAAAAGUUGAGGCAACUGACCACAGUCAACAUCAAGAAAUGUCACGACAAUACUGACUCUGUCAUAAAAGCUGUGACUGUGUUUGAAGAAAAAUGUGAGGCGAUGCAGGAACGGAGCGAUAAUGUGACCUGGAAGACCAUCAAGGAAUCUCUGUCCAAUGCUUUGCUAAAUGUUUUCAGUCAAAUAGAAGACGCAACGCACGUCUCUCAGGAAGAUGGGAAUACAGACGUGCAGCAAGGAAAAAGUGAGGUGCAUCUGGACAUUUUGAGAAGAGAGACAGCCUCUCUGGAGAUGGUGAGUUCAAACAUCCAAACUCUUCAAAGGGUCAGAGGUUUUCUGGAGAGCACAACCACUGAGCUCCAAUCGAAGAAAGAACAACUCGUCUGUCUCCUGAGAGAAAUUGAAGAUGAAACAUUGACAUCCAAAACCAGGAGCCUGCAGGUUAAGAGAAGGACAGAGGGACUAGAAAAGGUCAUGAGGAGAUUCACCUCUGAUCACAGCGAUCUAAUGGUUGGUGGAGCAGAAUCCCAAAGUCAAACAAGAGAAUUGGAAAACUCCACCAUUUUACUUCAGACAUCACAACGAGAGGUGAACUAUUUGAGGGAUGAGCUCAAAGCAAAGAUUGGAGACUUUAAAAGAACUAUGCAGAGUGUUGGUCAAGAAAAAGAAAAACUAAAAUCACUGAGGACUGAGAUUUGUGUGGAAAGACAAAAGCUGGAGGGUGGGAGGGCUGAGAGAGAAAGACACCAGAAUGAGCUGAAAACAAGAGAAGAUGAACUGAUGACCAACAUCAGCACCAUAGACAGUUUGAGACAGAAGGUCAAAGAGCUGAAGAAGACGACCCAAGAAAACAUUGACAAGAAAAUACACACGGCAGAUUCAAAAACAAACGAUCUACAGACAUUUCUACUUGCACUGAACCAAAAGAUGGAAGAUCUGCAAGAGAUAAAGAAGCAACUGUCACUUUACGAUCAGAAACGACAGACAGAGAAUGAAAUGCUAAAAGCCACGAUGUCAGAUAUGAUGAGGCAGAAAAAGGACAUGGAGAACCUGCAGCUGGAGCUUUGUGCGCUACAACAGGAUGUAGUGAAGGAGAAGACGCAGCUGAGACAAGAGAGACUCCAACUGACAACAGUGCGAGACGUGACCAACAAAAACUGGCUGGACUUGAAGAGGACUACAGCGGCCAUUGAGAAAGAACUGGUGACUGUGCAACACAACAAACAAAUGUUAAAGAAGAAACAGGAGGCUUUAGGCAACACUCUGAAUGAACUGUGGAGCGAUGAAGACCACAUCAGCUGCUGCCUCAAAGAAAUUAACCAAACAAGGACAAAUAUUCAACAUCUGAACGUGGAAAUGAAAUCCAUGAAAGAGAAACUGGAUAAGGCAAUGAGUGCCUUUGCACAUGGACAAAAAGAGCUGUGUGUCAAGGAAGAAAACAUCAAGAGAGAUAGAGACAAGCUGGAAGGUGAAAAAUGCCUUCUGAAGACAGACAUGGAGGAAGUGGCAAAACUGAAGGAGGAGUUAAAGGAAAAGAGAGAAGACAUUGAAGCUUCCAAGAAAACCAUCAGCAAUGAGAAAGCAAACCUGAGUCAACUUGAGAUGGAAGUUGAGACAGAAAAGGAAAGACUUUUGAUGCAACAAAAAGCUGUCGAAGAAUCCAGCAAUGACCUCAGAUUGAGAGAAAAUAAAUUCAUGGAGAACAUGGAAUCACUACAGACUCUUCGAGAGAAACUGAACCAUCUGAAUGAAAAGUUGAGGCAACUGACCACCGUCAACAUCAAGAAAUGUCACGACAAUACUGACUCUGUCAUAAAAGCUGUGACUGUGUUUGAAGAAAAAUGUGAGGCGAUGCAGGAACGGAGCGAUAAUGUGACCUGGAAGACCAUCAAGGAAUCUCUGUCCAAUGCUUUGCUAAAUGUUUUCAGUCAAAUAGAAGACGCAACGCACGUCUCUCAGGAAGAUGGGAAUACAGACGUGCAGCAAGGAAAAAGUGAGGUGCAUCUGGACAUUUUGAGAAGAGAGACAGCCUCUCUGGAGAUGGUGAGUUCAAACAUCCAAACUCUUCAAAGGGUCAGAGGUUUUCUGGAGACCACAACCACUGAGCUCCAAUCGAAGAAAGAACAACUCGUCUGUCUCCUGAGAGAAAUUGAAGAUGAAACAUUGACAUCCAAAACCAGGAGCCUGCAGGUUAAGAGAAGGACAGAGGGACUAGAAAAGGUCAUGAGGAGAUUCACCUCUGAUCACAGCGAUCUCAUGGUUGGUGGAGCAGAAUCCCAAAGUCAAACAAGAGAAUUGGAAAACUCCACCAUUUUACUUCAGACAUCACAACGAGAGGUGAACUAUUUGAGGGAUGCGCUCAAAGCAAAGAUUGGAGACUUUAAAAGAACUAUGCAGAGUGUUGCUCAAGAAAAAGAAAAACUAAAAUCACUGAGGACUGAGAUUUGUGUGGAAAGACAAAAGCUGGAGGGUGAGAGGGCUGAGAGAGAAAGACACCAGAAUGAGCUGAAAACAAGAGAAGAUGAACUGAUGACCAACAUCAGCACCAUAGACAGUUUGAGACAGAAGGUCAAAGAGCUGAAGAAGACGACCCAAGAAAACAUUGACAAGAAAAUACACACGGCAGAUUCAAAAACAAACGAUCUACAGACAUUUCUACUUGCACUAAACCUAAAGAUGGAAGAUCUGCAAGAGAUAAAGAAGCAACUGUCACUUUAUGAUCAGAAACGACAGACAGAGAAUGAAAUCCUAAAAGCCACGAUGUCAGAUAUGAUGAGGCAGAAAAAGGACAUGGAGAACCUGCAGCUGGAGCUUUGUGCGCUACAACAGGAUGUAGUGAAGGAGAAGACGCAGCUGAGACAAGAGAGACUCCAACUGACAACAGUGCGAGACGUGACCAACAAAAACUGGCUGGACUUGAAGAGGACUACAGCGGCCAUUGAGAAAGAACUGGUGACUGUGCAACACAACAAACAAAUGUUAAAGAAGAAACAGGAGGCUUUAGGCAACACUCUGAAUGAACUGUGGAGCGAUGAAGACCAUAUCAGCUGCUGCCUCAAAGAAAUUAACCAAACAAGGACAAAUAUUCAACACCUGAACGUGGAAAUUAAAUCCAUGAAAGAGAAACUUGAUAAAGCAGUGAGUGCCUUCACAUAUGGACAAAAAGAGCUGUGUGUCAAGGAAGAAAACAUCAAGAGAGAUAGAGACAAGCUGGAAGGUGAAAAAUGCCUUCUGAAGACAGACAUGGAGGAAGUGGCAAAACUGAAGGAGGAGUUAAAGGAAAAGAGAGAAGACCUUGAAGCUUCCAAGAAAACCAUCAGCAAUGAGAAAGCAAACCUGAGUCAGCUUGAGAUGGAAGUUAAGACAGAAAAGGAAAGAGUUUUGAUCGAACGAAAAGCUGUCGAAGAAUCCAGCAAUGACCUCAGAUUGAGAGAAGAUAAAUUCAAGGAGAACAUGGAAUCACUUCAGACUCUUCGAGAGAAACUGAAGCACCUGCCUGAAAAGUUGAGGCAACUGACCACAGUCAACAUCAAGAAAUGUCACGACAAUACUGACUCAUUCAUAAAAGCUGUGACUGUGUUUGGAGAAAAAUGUGAGGCGAUGCAGGAACGGAGCGAUAAUGUGACCUGGAAGACCAUCAAGGAAUCUCUGUCCAAUGCUUUGCUAAAUGUUUUCAGUCAAAUAGAAGACGCAACGCACGUCUCUCAGGAAGAUGGGAAUACAGACGUGCAGCAAGGACAAAGUGAGGUGCAUCUGGACAUUUUGAGAAGAGAGUCAGCCUCUCUGGAGAUGGUGAGUUCAAACAUCCAAACUCUUCAAAGGGUCAGAGGUUUUCUGGAGAGCACAACCACUGAGCUCCAAUCGAAGAAAGAACAACUCGUCUGUCACAUGAGAGAAAUUGAAGAUGAAACAUUGACAUCCAAAACCAGGAGCCUGCAGGUUAAGAGAAGGACAGAGGGACUAGAAAAGGUCAUGAGGAGAUUCACCUCUGAUCACAGCGAUCUAAUGGUUGGUGGAGCAGAAUCUCAAAGUCAAACAAGAGAAUUGGAAAACUCCACCAUUUUACUUCAGACAUCACAACGAGAGGUGAACUAUUUGAGGGAUGAGCUCAAAGCAAAGAUUGGAGACUUUAAAAGAACUAUGCAGAGUGUUGCUCAAGAAAAAGAAAAACUAAAAUCACUGAGGACUGAGAUUUGUGUGGAAAGACAAAAGCUGGAGGGUGAGAGGGCUGAGAGAGAAAGACACCAGUCUGAGCUGAAGACAAGAGAAGAUGAACUGAUGACCAACAUCAGCACCAUAGACAGUUUGAGACAGAAGGUCAAAGAGCUGAAGAAGACGAACCAAGAAAACAUUGACAAGAAAAUACACACGGCAGAUUCAAAAACAAACGAUCUACAGACAUUUCUACUUGCACUAAACCAAAAAAUGGAAGAUCUGCAAGAUAUAAAGAAGCAACUGUCACUUUACCAUCAGAAACGACAGACAGAGAAUGAAAUGCUAAAAGCCACGAUGUCAGAUAUGAUGAGGCAGAAAAAGGACAUGGAGAACCUGCAGCUGGAGCUUUGUGCGCUACAACAGGAUGUAGUGAAGGAGAAGACGCAGCUGAGACAAGAGAGACUCCAACUGACAACAGUGCGAGACGUGACCAACAAAAGCUGGCUGGACUUGAAGAGGACUACAGUGGCCAUUGAGAAAGAACUGGUGACUGUGCAACACAACAAACAAAUGUUAAAGAAGAAACAGGAGGCUUUAGGCAACACUCUGAAUGAACUGUGGAGCGAUGAAGACCACAUUAGCUGCUGCCUCAAAGAAAUUAACCAAACAAGGACAAAUAUUCAACACCUGAACGUGGAAAUUAAAUCCAUGAAAGAGAAACUGGAUAAAGCAGUGAGUGCCUUUGCACAUGGACAAAAAGAGCUGUGUGUCAAGGAAGAAAACAUCAAGAGAGAUAGAGACAAGCUGGAAGGUGAAAAAUGCCUUCUGAAGACAGACAUGGAGGAAGUGGCAAAACUGAAGAAGGAGUUAAAGGAAAAGAGAGAAGACAUUGAAGCUUCCAAGAAAACCAUCAGCAAUGAGAAAGCAAACCUGAGUCAGCUUGAGAUGGAAGUUAAGACAGAAAAGGAAAGACUUUUGAUGCAACAAAAAGCUGUCGAAGAAUCCAGCAAUGACCUCAGAUUGAGAGAAAAUAAAUUCAUGGAGAACAUGGAAUCACUACAGACUCUUCGAGAGAAACUGAACCAUCUGAAUGAAAAGUUGAGGCAACUGACCACAGUCAACAUCAAGAAAUGUCACGACAAUACUGACUCUGUCAUAAAAGCUGUGACUGUGUUUGAAGAAAAAUGUGAGGCGAUGCAGGAACGGAGCGAUAAUGUGACCUGGAAGACCAUCAAGGAAUCUCUGUCCAAUGCUUUGCUAAAUGUUUUCAGUCAAAUAGAAGACGCAACGCACGUCUCUCAGGAAGAUGGGAAUACAGACGUGCAGCAAGGAAAAAGUGAGGUGCAUCUGGACAUUUUGAGAAGAGAGACAGCCUCUCUGGAGAUGGUGAGUUCAAACAUCCAAACUCUUCAAAGGGUCAGAGGUUUUCUGGAGAGCACAACCACUGAGCUCCAAUCGAAGAAAGAACAACUCGUCUGUCUCCUGAGAGAAAUUGAAGACGAAACAUUGACAUCCAAAACCAGGAGCCUGCAGGUUAAGAGAAGGACAGAGGGACUAGAAAAGGUCAUGAGGAGAUUCACCUCUGAUCACAGCGAUCUCAUGGUUGGUGGAGCAGAAUCCCAAAGUCAAACAAGAGAAUUGGAAAACUCCACCAUUUUACUUCAGACAUCACAACGAGAGGUGAACUAUUUGAGGGAUGAGCUCAAAGCAAAGAUUGGAGACUUUAAAAGAACUAUGCAGAGUGUUGCUCAAGAAAAAGAAAAACUAAAAUCACUGAGGACUGAGAUUUGUGUGGAAAGACAAAAGCUGGAGGGUGGGAGGGCUGAGAGAGAAAGACACCAGAAUGAGCUGAAAACAAGAGAAGAUGAACUGAUGACCAACAUCAGCACCAUAGACAGUUUGAGACAGAAGGUCAAAGAGCUGAAGAAGACGACCCAAGAAAACAUUGACAAGAAAAUACACACGGCAGAUUCAAAAACAAACGAUCUACAGACAUUUCUACUUGCACUGAACCAAAAGAUGGAAGAUCUGCAAGAGAUAAAGAAGCAACUGUCACUUUACGAUCAGAAACGACAGACAGAGAAUGAAAUGCUAAAAGCCACGAUGUCAGAUAUGAUGAGGCAGAAAAAGGACAUGGAGAACCUGCAGCUGGAGCUUUGUGCGCUACAACAGGAUGUAGUGAAGGAGAAGACGCAGCUGAGACAAGAGAGACUCCAACUGACAACAGUGCGAGACGUGACCAACAAAAACUGGCUGGACUUGAAGAGGACUACAGCGGCCAUUGAGAAAGAACUGGUGACUGUGCAACACAACAAACAAAUGUUAAAGAAGAAACAGGAGGCUUUAGGCAACACUCUGAAUGAACUGUGGAGCGAUGAAGACCACAUCAGCUGCUGCCUCAAAGACAUCAACCAAACAAGGACAAAUAUUCAACACCUGAAUGUCGAAAUGAAAUCCAUGAGAGAUAAACUCGAUAAAGCAGUGAGUGCCUUUGCACAUGGAAAAAAAGAGCUGUGUGUCAAGGAAGAAAACGUCAAGAGAGAUAGAGACAAGCUGGAAGGUGAAAAAUGCCUUCUGAAGACAGACAUGGAGGAAGUGGCAAAACUGAAGGAGGAGUUAAAGGAAAAGAGAGAAGACCUUGAAGCUUCCAAGAAAACCAUCAGCAAUGAGAAAGCAAACCUGAGUCAACUUGAGAUGGAAGUUAAGACAGAAAAGGAAAGACUUUUGAUCCAACGAAAAGCUGUCGAAGAAUCCAGCAAUGACCUCAGAUUGAGAGAAGAUAAAUUCAAGGAGAACAUGGAAUCACUUCAGACUCUUCGAGAGAAACUGAACCAUCUGAAUGAAAAGUUGAGGCAACUGACCACCGUCAACAUCAAGAAAUGUCAUGACAAUACUGACUCUGUCAUAAAAGCUGUGACUGUGUUUGGAGAAAAAUGUGAGGCGAUGCAGGAACGGAGCGAUAAUGUGACCUGGAAGACCAUCAAGGAAUCUCUGUCCAAUGCUUUGCUAAAUGUUUUCAGUCAAAUAGAACACGCAACACACGUCUCUCAGGAAGAUGGGAAUACAGACGUGCAGCAAGGAAAAAGUGAGGUGCAUCUGGACAUUUUGAGAAGAGAGUCAGCCUCUCUGGAGAUGGUGAGUUCAAACAUCCAAACUCUUCAAAGGGUCAGAGGUUUUCUGGAGAGCACAACCACUGAGCUCCAAUCGAAGAAAGAACAACUCGUCUGUCACAUGAGAGAAAUUGAAGAUGAAACAUUGACAUCCAAAACCAGGAGCCUGCAGGUUAAGAGAAGGACAGAGGGACUAGAAAAGGUCAUGAGGAGAUUCACCUCUGAUCACAGCGAUCUCAUGGUUGGUGGAGCAGAAUCUCAAAGUCAAACAAGAGAAUUGGAAAACUCCACCAUUUUACUUCAGACAUCACAACGAGAGGUGAACUAUUUGAGGGAUGAGCUCAAAGCAAAGAUUGGAGACUUUAAAAGAACUAUGCAGAGUGUUGCUCAAGAAAAAGAAAAACUAAAAUCACUGAGGACUGAGAUUUGUGUGGAAAGACAAAAGCUGGAGGGUGAGAGGGCUGAGAGAGAAAGACACCAGUCUGAGCUGAAGACAAGAGAAGAUGAACUGAUGACCAACAUCAGCACCAUAGACAGUUUGAGACAGAAGGUCAAAGAGCUGAAGAAGACGACCCAAGAAAACAUUGACAAGAAAAUACACACGGCAGAUUCAAAAACAAACGAUCUACAGACAUUUCUACUUGCACUAAACCAAAAAAUGGAAGAUCUGCAAGAUAUAAAGAAGCAACUGUCACUUUACCAUCAGAAACGACAGACAGAGAAUGAAAUGCUAAAAGCCACGAUGUCAGAUAUGAUGAGGCAGAAAAAGGACAUGGAGAACCUGCAGCUGGAGCUUUGUGCGCUACAACAGGAUGUAGUGAAGGAGAAGACGCAGCUGAGACAAGAGAGACUCCAACUGACAACAGUGCGAGACGUGACCAACAAAAGCUGGCUGGACUUGAAGAGGACCACAGUGGCCAUUGAGAAAGAACUGGUGACUGUGCAACACAACAAACAAAUGUUAAAGAAGAAACAGGAGGCUUUAGGCAACACUCUGAAUGAACUGUGGAGCGAUGAAGACCACAUUAGCUGCUGCCUCAAAGAAAUUAACCAAACAAGGACAAAUAUUCAACACCUGAACGUGGAAAUUAAAUCCAUGAAAGAGAAACUGGAUAAAGCAGUGAGUGCCUUUGCACAUGGACAAAAAGAGCUGUGUGUCAAGGAAGAAAACAUCAAGAGAGAUAGAGACAAGCUGGAAGGUGAAAAAUGCCUUCUGAAGACAGACAUGGAGGAAGUGGCAAAACUGAAGAAGGAGUUAAAGGAAAAGAGAGAAGACAUUGAAGCUUCCAAGAAAACCAUCAGCAAUGAGAAAGCAAACCUGAGUCAGCUUGAGAUGGAAGUUAAGACAGAAAAGGAAAGACUUUUGAUGCAACAAAAAGCUGUCGAAGAAUCCAGCAAUGACCUCAGAUUGAGAGAAAAUAAAUUCAUGGAGAACAUGGAAUCACUACAGACUCUUCGAGAGAAACUGAACCAUCUGAAUGAAAAGUUGAGGCAACUGACCACAGUCAACAUCAAGAAAUGUCACGACAAUACUGACUCUGUCAUAAAAGCUGUGACUGUGUUUGAAGAAAAAUGUGAGGCGAUGCAGGAACGGAGCGAUAAUGUGACCUGGAAGACCAUCAAGGAAUCUCUGUCCAAUGCUUUGCUAAAUGUUUUCAGUCAAAUAGAAGACGCAACGCACGUCUCUCAGGAAGAUGGGAAUACAGACGUGCAGCAAGGAAAAAGUGAGGUGCAUCUGGACAUUUUGAGAAGAGAGACAGCCUCUCUGGAGAUGGUGAGUUCAAACAUCCAAACUCUUCAAAGGGUCAGAGGUUUUCUGGAGAGCACAACCACUGAGCUCCAAUCGAAGAAAGAACAACUCGUCUGUCUCCUGAGAGAAAUUGAAGAUGAAACAUUGACAUCCAAAACCAGGAGCCUGCAGGUUAAGAGAAGGACAGAGGGACUAGAAAAGGUCAUGAGGAGAUUCACCUCUGAUCACAGCGAUCUCAUGGUUGGUGGAGCAGAAUCCCAAAGUCAAACAAGAGAAUUGGAAAACUCCACCAUUUUACUUCAGACAUCACAACGAGAGGUGAACUAUUUGAGGGAUGAGCUCAAAGCAAAGAUUGGAGACUUUAAAAGAACUAUGCAGAGUGUUGGUCAAGAAAAAGAAAAACUAAAAUCACUGAGGACUGAGAUUUGUGUGGAAAGACAAAAGCUGGAGGGUGGGAGGGCUGAGAGAGAAAGACACCAGAAUGAGCUGAAAACAAGAGAAGAUGAACUGAUGACCAACAUCAGCACCAUAGACAGUUUGAGACAGAAGGUCAAAGAGCUGAAGAAGACGACCCAAGAAAACAUUGACAAGAAAAUACACACGGCAGAUUCAAAAACAAAGGAUCUACAGACAUUUCUACUUGCACUGAACCAAAAGAUGGAAGAUCUGCAAGAGAUAAAGAAGCAACUGUCACUUAACGAUCAGAAACGACAGACAGAGAAUGAAAUGCUAAAAGCCACGAUGUCAGAUAUGAUGAGGCAGAAAAAGGACAUGGAGAACCUGCAGCUGGAGCUUUGUGCGCUACAACAGGAUGUAGUGAAGGAGAAGACGCAGCUGAGACAAGACAGACUCCAACUGACAACAGUGCGAGACGUGACCAACAAAAACUGGCUGGACUUGAAGAGGACUACAGCGGCCAUUGAGAAAGAACUGGUGACUGUGCAACACAACAAACAAAUGUUAAAGAAGAAACAGGAGGCUUUAGGCAACACUCUGAAUGAACUGUGGAGCGAUGAAGACCACAUCAGCUGCUGCCUCAAAGAAAUUAACCAAACAAGGACAAAUAUUCAACAUCUGAAUGUCGAAAUGAAAUCCAUGAGAGAUAAACUCGAUAAAGCAGUGAGUGCCUUUGCACAUGGAAAAAAAGAGCUGUGUGUCAAGGAAGAAAACAUCAAGAGAGAUAGAGACAAGCUGGAAGGUGAAAAAUGCCUUCUGAAGACAGACAUGGAGGAAGUGGCAAAACUGAAGGAGGAGUUAAAGGAAAAGAGAGAAGACCUUGAAGCUUCCAAGAAAACCAUCAGCAAUGAGAAAGCAAACCUGAGUCAACUUGAGAUGGAAGUUAAGACAGAAAAGGAAAGAGUUUUGAUCGAACGAAAAGCUGUCGAAGAAUCCAGCAAUUACCUCAGAUUGAGAGAAAAUAAAUUCAAGGAGAACAUGGAAUCACUACAGACUCUUCGAGAGAAACUGAACCAUCUGAAUGAAAAGUUGACGCAACUGACCACAGUCAACAUCAAGAAAUGUCACGACAAUACUGACUCUGUCAUAAAAGCUGUGACUGUGUUUGGAGAAAAAUGUGAGGCGAUGCAGGAACGGAGCGAUAAUGUGACCUGGAAGACCAUCAAGGAAUCUCUGUCCAAUGCUUUGCUAAAUGUUUUCAGUCAAAUAGAAGACGCAACGCACGUCUCUCAGAAAGAUGGGAAUACAGACGUGCAGCAAGGAAAAAGUGAGGUGCAUCUGGACAUUUUGAGAAGAGAGACAGCCUCUCUGGAGAUGGUGAGUUCAAACAUCCAAACUCUUCAAAGGGUCAGAGGUUUUCUGGAGAGCACAACCACUGAGCUCCAAUCGAAGAAAGAACAACUCGUCUGUCUCCUGAGAGAAAUUGAAGAUGAAACAUUGACAUCCAAAACCAGGAGCCUGCAGGUUAAGAGAAGGACAGAGGGACUAGAAAAGGUUAUGAGGAGAUUCACCUCUGAUCACAGCGAUCUAAUGGUUGGUGGAGCAGAAUCUCAAAGUCAAACAAGAGAAUUGGAAAACUCCACCAUUUUACUUCAGACAUCACAACGAGAGGUGAACUAUUUGAGGGAUGAGCUCAAAGCAAAGAUUGGAGACUUUAAAAGAACUAUGCAGAGUGUUGCUCAAGAAAAAGAAAAACUAAAAUCACUGAGGACUGAGAUUUGUGUGGAAAGACAAAAGCUGGAGGGUGGGAGGGCUGAGAGAGAAAGACACCAGAAUGAGCUGAAAACAAGAGAAGAUGAACUGAUGACCAACAUCAGCACCAUAGACAGUUUGAGACAGAAGGUCAAAGAGCUGAAGAAGACGACCCAAGAAAACAUUGACAAGAAAAUACACACGGCAGAUUCAAAAACAAACGAUCUACAGACAUUUCAACUUGCACUGAACCAAAAGAUGGAAGAUCUGCAAGAUAUAAAGAAGCAACUGUCACUUUAUGAUCAGAAACGACAGACAGAGAAUGAAAUCCUAAAAGCCACGUUGUCAGAUAUGAUGAGGCAGAAAAAGGACAUGGAGAACCUGCAGCUGGAGCUUUGUGCGCUACAACAGGAUGUAGUGAAGGAGAAGACGCAGCUGAGACAAGAGAGACUCCAACUGACAACAGUGCGAGACGUGACCAACAAAAACUGGCUGGACUUGAAGAGGACUACAGCGGCCAUUGAGAAAGAACUGGUGACUGUGCAACACAACAAACAAAUGUUACAGAAGAAACAGGAGGCUUUAGGCAACACUCUGAAUGAACUGUGGAGCGAUGAAGACCACAUCAGCUGCUGCCUCAAAGAAAUUAACCAAACAAGGACAAAUAUUCAACACCUGAACGUGGAAAUGAAAUCCAUUAAAGAGAAACUGGACAGGGCAAGGAGUGCCUUUGCACUUGGACAAAAAGAGCUGUGUGUCAAGGAAGAAAACAUCAAGAGAGAUAGAGACAAGCUGGAAGGUGAAAAAUGCCUUCUGAAGACAGACAUGGAGGAAGUGGCAAAACUGAAGGAGGAGUUAAAGGAAAAGAGAGAAGACCUUGAAGCUUCCAAGAAAACCAUCAGCAAUGAGAAAGCAAACCUGAGUCAGCUUGAGAUGGAAGUUAAGACAGAAAAGGAAAGAGUUUUGAUCCAACAAAAAGCUGUCAAAGAAUCCAGCAAUGACCUCAGAUUGAGAGAAAAUAAAUUCAUGGAGAACAUGGAAUCACUUCAGACUCUUCGAGAGAAACUGAACCAUCUGAAUGAAAAGUUGAGGCAACUGACCACGGUAAACAUCCAGAAAUGUCACGACAAUACUGACUCUGUCAUAAAAGCUGUGACUGUGUUUGAAGAGAAAUGUGAGGCGAUGCAGGAACGGAGCGAUAAUGUGACCUGGAAGCCCAUCAAGGAAUCUCUGUCCAAUGCUUUGCUAAAUGUUUUCAGUCAAAUAGAACACGCAACGCACGUCUCUCAGGAAGAUGGGAAUACAGACGUGCAGCAAGGACAAAGUGAGGUGCGUCUGGACAUUUUGAGAAGAGAGUCUGCCUCUCUGGAGAUGGUGAGUUCAAACAUCCAAACUCUUCAAAGGGUCAGAGGUUUUCUGGAGAGCACAACCACUGAGCUCCAAUCGAAGAAAGAACAACUCGUCUGUCUCCUGAGAGAAAUUGAAGAUGAAACAUUGACAUCCAAAACCAGGAGCCUGCAGGUUAAGAGAAGGACAGAGGGACUAGAAAAGGUUAUGAGGAGAUUCACCUCUGAUCACAGCGAUCUAAUGGUUGGUGGAGCAGAAUCUCAAAGUCAAACAAGAGAAUUGGAAAACUCCACCAUUUUACUUCAGACAUCACAACGAGAGGUGAACUAUUUGAGGGAUGAGCUCAAAGCAAAGAUUGGAGACUUUAAAAGAUCCAUUCAAAGAGUAGCUCAAGAAAAAGGAAAACUAACAUCACUGAGGACUGAGACUUGUGUAGAAAGACAAAAGCUGGAGGGUGAGAGGGCUGAGAGAGAAAGACACCAGUCUGAGCUGAAGACAAGAGAAGAUGAACUGAUGACCAACAUCAGCACCGUAGACAGUUUGAGACAGAAGGUCAAAGAGCUGAAGAAGACGACCCAAGAAAACAUUGACAAGAAAAUACACACGGCAGAUUCAAAAACAAAGGAUCUACAGACAUUUCUACUGGCACUGAACCAAAAGAUGGAAGAUCUGCAAGAUAUAAAGAAGCAACUGUCACUUUACCAUCAGAAACGACAGACAGAGAAUGAAAUGCUAAAAGCCACGAUGUCAGAUAUGAUGAGGCAGAAAAAGGACAUGGAGAACCUGCAGCUGGAGCUUUGUGCGCUACAACAGGAUGUAGUGAAGGAGAAGACGCAGCUGAGACAAGAGAUACUCCAACUGACAACAGUGCGAGACGUGACCAACAAAAACUGGCUGGACUUGAAGAGGACUACAGCGGCCAUUGAGAUAGAAAUGCUCAACAUGCAUCAGAACAAACAAAAGUUGCAGAACACGCUUGGUAAACUUGGCCAUGAAGUGAAUGAGCUUCAUACAGACGAGGACAAAAUCAACAUUUUACUCAAUGACAUUAACAGACACAGGCAGCCUAUUACUGAUCUCAUUAGGGAAAUGCAAACUAGAAUAAUUGACAAAGCCAUCACUGUCUGUGUGCCAAUGAAUAAUGAGCAGGACAUAAACAAUGAAGAUAUGAAGAGAGGAAAACAAAGCACAAAAAAUGCAAGAUUGUUUUUAUUGAUCAAAAAAGAAGAGUCUAAAAAACUGAAGAAGGCUCUCGUGGAAAAGAGAGAAGUUGAAGCCUCCAUUAAAUCUACUGGCAAGGAUGAUGUCAAUGAGACUGAAGUACAGCCCAGCUUUAUACCAGCGAAACAAAACGUUUCUAGCCAACGUUUCAUCGACAAGAGCAUCCAAACAAACUCCGAGAAUGAUCACCACAGUUAUUGGAUCAAUAGACGCCCAACAGCAAAGGGUGAUGAUGGGCAGGAAGUGUUGGAGUUUGGGAACCAAAUGACUAAACAGAGAAAUGUCUUUCAAAAAUGUUGGACUGAUGCUGCUGAUGAGAGAGAAAGAAUUCACCAGCUGAAACAUCAGAGCAAUCAAAUUAAAAUCAACUUGGAGAACAAAAAGGCACUUAUUCAUCAGUUUGUCAAAAGAACAUGGUUUCCGAGAGCAAAGGUUCAUGCAGAGAAGGAAGUCCACAGUUUGCUCGAUGACAGUCAGCCACUUGUUGCAAAGAGAAAACAAACAAUCUCUCAAGAGUUGCAAGAACUGAAGGUCCGCAUGGUCAAUGAAAUUGAGAGACUACAUAUUCAAGAAAAAGUUGCUAUGAAAACCAACAUGAAACAAAAAGUUGGAUCUAAACUGUCUUCAGAAAUUGUAUCAAAAGUCAUGUCAGAUGAAGCAGCUACACACACAUCCUGUGGACCCCUGUGCCAACAACGUUAUUGCAGCUGUUUAUGUGCCUGCUGUCAACGAAAGGAGUUCCAAAACAGUUAGGUCACAUGUCUUCACUGAAGGGACUAAAUUAUAUGUCUUGGAUGGGAUGUGUACAGAAUCAGACUGUGGAGAAGGGCCAGUGACAGAGCAAGUCAAGGACCAGGAACCUGAAUGAAUUCCUGACUUCAACAUGUGUGAUACUAAUGUAUGUCGCUGUGAUUUCAAAAAAUUGUUCAUACAUCAAUGUUUAAACGCAGACGCAUGUUUUUUUCGCUAUUUUUGGCUUGUCAAAAAAAAAGAAGGUGGCUUGUCAAGACUUGGUUCUCACAAGGAAGGCAAAACAUGCCCACACACACAACAGAAUUGAAAUUUGAAUAAACUUGCUAAG